CUCCACAGUGAGUUCCUUCUUCCCAGCCACAUCGGUGUCACCAGCCCAGAACCGCUGCCUCCACCAUGAAGCUGCUGACAGUCCUCAUGCUGAUUGCCCUCCCCCUCUCCUGCUUUGCAGGUUCUGGCUGCCCGCUCCUUGAGAAAGUGAUAGAUGAGACAAUUUCUAGUGACGUGGAAGUUGAUCAGUACCUCAAGGAUUUUAAAGAGUUCUUAGAAGGUGACGCCGCUAGAAACGCUGCAGCGCAACUGAAGGAAUGUUUUCUCAAGCAGGAUGAGAACACUCUGAGCAACAUCGAAGAGAUGAUGCAUAUAAUAUAUAACAGUGACCAAUGUUCUGGAUAUUAACUUUCCACAAGAUCUUCCGCUCAGAUGACUACAGAGAAUGAUCAGAACCCAGUGUCCAUUGGUAGAAACCACAACUUACCUUUCUUUUUUUGUUUUUGUCUUUUGAUCUGCAUACUGCAAGACAUAAAUUGUUGAAACCUCAAAUACAUUUUCAUUUCAAUAAAGUAUCUGCAUAUCUAAA